ACAGGACGGUAUUGUACUGUAUGUCUGAAUGCUAAACGUAAUUAGUAUCUCGCAACGAUAAACGUCACUGGGCUCAGUGGCUUAAAGUAAGCCAGGUAAUCGUUGGUCUGCGAUAGCGAAAUAUAUAAGCGACCAACAAUCCACUCAGGACAAAAAAUGUGUCCACUGAAACGGUUGGAUUAGUGAUAUACAGACGGCCAGGAUCCUUUAUGAACUGCAAGUAAUUAUAAACAAUGGUUUGAAGCCCUUACUGUACUACAAUGAAAUUAUUGAUUUUGGAUACUGCAGACAAGGUAGCUGAAUGGUCAGCAAAAUAUGUUCUCAAGAGAAUUAAUGACUUCAACCCUGGACCUGAUAAGUACUUCGUUCUUGGACUGCCAACAGGGAGUACUCCUCUGGGUAUGUAUAAGAAGCUGAUUGAAUUCCACAAUGCUGGGAAGAUUUCAUUCAAGUAUGUGAAGACAUUCAAUAUGGAUGAGUAUGUUGAUCUUCCAAGGGAUCAUCCCGAGAGUUAUCACUAUUACAUGUGGAAUAACUUCUUUAAGCAUAUUGACAUAAAUCCUGCCAAUGUUCACAUUUUGGAUGGGAAUGCUUCAGAUCUUCAGAAGGAAUGUGACGAAUUUGAGAGAAAAAUAACAGAAGCUGGAGGAAUAGAAUUAUUUAUCGGAGGUAUUGGCCCAGAUGGACACAUAGCAUUUAAUGAACCUGGAUCAUCUUUGGUGUCAAGAACAAGAGUAAAGACCCUAGCCCAAGAUACUCUGGAAGCCAACGCUCGCUUCUUCGGAAAUGACAUGUCAAAAGUUCCUAAGCAAGCCUUAACAGUAGGUGUUGGUACUGUUAUGGAUGCCAAAGAGGUUAUGAUCCUCAUAACAGGAACCCACAAAGCAUUUGCACUGUACAAAGCCAUAGAAGAAGGUGUAAACCACAUGUGGACAGUAUCUGCAUUCCAGCAACACAGACACACAAUAUUUCUCUGUGAUGAAGAUGCCACAUUGGAACUCAGAGUUAAGACUGUCAAGUAUUUCAAGAAUCUUUGGAAUGUACAUAGUAAACUGAUUGAUGGACCGUGGUCUGACUUCAGCGGCAAUUAACAACUCUAUCAGAACACCAUAUAUUGAGCACAGCGGUGAAAAAAAAAAAAUUCUUAAUUGAAGCAAGUUUAUAUACAGGUUUUAUUGCUGAUGGUAUUCUAGCAGAGGCAUUUUCAGUGUAUUUCCAUUACUAAUUUGAUUAUAAGUUACUUCUACUGAAUUUGGUCAGUGUGAAUUUCAUAUUUCUACUGAAGCAACAGAUCAGCCUCUCCACAUCUCUCUCAGGCUGUCACAGCUGCACCUCCAACAUGCAUCCAUAUAUUCCCCUUCAUUCUUCCAGCCCUUCCAUUCACAGGAUCAUUGGUAAUGAUAAUUAUGUGAUGACCUUCACUGGGGACAAGUGCUUUGGGCUGAAUCACGUGUGCCAGAGGGAAAUAGAGGAGAGAGCACGGUAGAGGGGGGUGGUACUGUGCCCCUCCUGGGUGUUCCCUUGCUUUGCCAUCAUCCAAAUUGGUCACUAAAUCACUUGCAUUAGUGGAAGAGCAUUAUAUUUCCAUCACGACAGUGAGAACCUGUACGCAGCCACAUUUCACUACAGUCUGAAGCGAAUGGCAUAGAACUGCAACUGUUUUAAGAUUCUAUGUAAUUAAGUGAUGGUUCAAGAGUGAUACAGUCAAUUUAGCAACAUGUGAACCACCUGAGAAAUGUCGUAAUUUGGCAGAAGAUGAAAAAUGGUUCCUUUGUCAUGGCAGAAACUUCUGAAACCUGCUGUAAUGCUAACUCGGAGUGAUGUUCUUCUCAUAUUUACAGACCAAUAAGAAGUACUGGAAUAAAACUGUGAUUUGACCCUCCAAGAGAUGUUUUCUGAUAUAAAGCAUAAAGAGUAUUCAGGUAGAUUUUGUGACAUAUUUAACUAUUUUAAUAUAUUGUUAUUGCAUAUAUUUAUAUAAAGGUGUAUAUUAUAUUUCAUAUAUUACGUACCUUUCCUUAUUGUAUCUUAAAUGGCUUUGGUAAUAUUUUGAGGGAUCUCAUGCAUGUACAGAGGCAUAACAUGUUUAUUCUUACAAAUAUAUAGAAUCUAUGAAUUUAU